CUGUUCUCUUUCUGUCCCUCAGCUCGGGCUGAUGUGGAGGUGAGCAUGGAGGACAAAGUGGAGGUGUUGUUGGGAAAAACGGCUGAGAUCACCUGCAUGUUCACAUCGGCCGACGGCAUCGGCGGCACAAGCAUCCGGUGGUACUAUGUGCCCCAGUCAGCCUCACAGGACAAGCAGAGCAUCUACUACCAGGACAGCAUUGUGACAAAAGUGGAGAAAAGCACCCCUUUCACGGAUCGGAUCAGCAUGAACGGCACGGGAGCCACCGGACAGGUGGUGUUGAGCAUCAACGACGUUCAACUGACAGAUGAGGUGGAGUUCAUCUGCACCAUCGAAAGCCUCACCGAGGGCACAGGGGAGGGCCGCACCAAGCUGAGGGUGUUCAAAGCACCAGAGCUGCCUACCAUUGAGGGUGUCCAGAGGGGUAUCUCAGUGCAUGAGGACAGCACAUCAAAGAUUGGCUUAUGUGAGGUGAGGAAUGGAUAUCCCAGACCAAACAUCACUUGGUAUAAAGACAACACUCCACUGCACAAUAUUCCAGACGAAGUGGACGUGUCAUCCAGCACCACCUCGGAAUCCAGCGGACUGUUCUCAGUCUGGAGUGAGCUGAGUAUGACGGUGAAGAAGGAGGACAAAGAUGCUCAGUUCUACUGCGAGGUCACCUACUUUGUUCCCGGAGCGACCAGGAUGACCGAAUCCCCCCGAAUCAAUGUCACUGUGUACUAUCCCAACACCGCUGUAAAGAUUUGGGUUGAAUCCCCAAAAGGCCAAAUCAAGGAGGGGGACAUGCUUGAGCUUCACUGCAAAGGCAAUGGGAAUUCUCCAUCCUCAUCCAUGACGAUCAAGCACUUAAAAGAUGACAACGCUUGGGAAGGAAAUGGGUUACUGCUGGAAAAUGUUACCCGUCGAAACAGCGGCCUCUAUGAGUGCACCUCUCUGGACAUGGAAAGUUUCGUAGAGACCAAGAGCAACGUCUCGGUUUUUGUCAACUAUCUGGAUCCGGCGGUGGUGACUCCCAGAGACUCCGUGGUUCUGGACAAAGGGGCGGAGCUAAAGGCCACAUGCAACGCUCUCUCGUCUCUCCAGACCCAGACAGUGUGGUUUAAGAAUGGAGAAAAAGAAUCAGAGGGUCAUGUAUUGACCCUGAGCAACGCUUCGUUCGACACCGCAGGGAUGUACACGUGUGUAGUGACUGUUCCUGAAAUCGAGGGAAUGAAGACGAGCGGUACACUGCGUUUACAUGUGCAGGGUCCGCCAGAGAUCAUCAAGGAGAACAACACAGUGAGAGAGACUUUUGAGAAGAAUGUCCAACUGAGCUGUCGUGUGAGGGGUUACCCUCCUCCCACCAUCAUCUGGACCACUGCUGAUGGAAAGGUCCUCCAGAAAGCAUCUCAGACAAAGAUGGCCGAUGGGGCUCAGAGUGUGGUCACUGUUAGUUCUAUUAUGGAGGUUUUCUGCAAUGCCUCCAAUGAGCAUGGUGCCGACACGGAGAGGUUCAUCAUCACAUUCAAAACCAAGAGCAACGGUGUUAUUAUAGCAGUCGUCAUCAUCUUCAUCCUGCUUCUGGCCAUCUUGGGGAGCGUUCUGUAUUUUCUCUACAAAAAGGGCAAGAUCUGUGGACGAUCUGGCAAGCAGGACCUCACCAAAGAGAAGUCCAGCAAAGAUAACAUUGUGGUUGAGAUGAAGAGCGACAACACAGAGGAAGCCAUUCUCCUGGGCGUCAACGGAGAAAAACAGCCGCCCGGUGACCAGGUAUGGAAUCCCGAACGGGACAGACCCAUGAGGGGUGUUGAGUACCUGCGCGUGCAGAAGGGGGCAGCUGACCGCCGGCCCACCGACAGCUGCUCCUGACCCCCCCUCUCAGGCUCGGACCUCCACAUGCCUUCAGCCUCCACAGCAGCUCCCCGCUCCACCGUCGCAUCAUGGAAACGCUCGGUUAUCCCGCGCUCCGUGUCAUCAAGGAUGACCGACAGUCAAGUUAUUCCAAGCCGCGGCCUUUGCUUACUGCCCCUCGUCCCCGCCAGCUUUAAUAAUAUCUGACGUGGGAGCUCGAUUUUCAUAACCUCCACGUUUUAGCUAAGGACGAUUGUUUGACUUAACCCUUCCUAUCACAAGCCUUCUGUACAGCUACCCGUCUUUAGAACAAGUAGAGCACAAACCCAACCAGGAACUGUUUUUAUACAAAACUCUGCGACACCUCAGGCAAAGCAAUCACUGAAUUAAGUGUACAUAUUAUAAUCUAUGUAUAUAUUUCUUUAUUUAAAAUAAGAGUAGAAAAACAAAACUGAAAAAAAACAACCAAAAAUAAAUGACCUGAUAGUGUUUUUUGUGCUUUGGUGCUCUUCUGGAGAGAAAAAGGGGAACCAUGGCUGAUAUUUUCUGUAUUUUUUACUAUGUUUUCCUUGUUUUGGUCUGCACACUGAAACUCUGAGCUUCCAGCAAUGCCUCACCUGUAUAGCCAGGUCACACUUUUGUCAAAGCUGUGCUUUUAAGCUACCAAAAGAUACUUGCCUAUCAUACAUAUUUGUUUUCUCUUAUCCAUCUGUCUUUAUCUAACAUUAAUCUUGACACUUCUCCCACUUAACUGAAUGAGUUUCAGUCUGUUUUAUUUUUUCCUUCCUUCAAUGCUUAGUCUCACAUGACAUAUUAAAGAAUUAGACUUGAAACAUUCAAAACAGUCAAGUCACAAAGAUGCCUUACAAGAGAAAUGUAACACUGUUUAAGAAAAAAAAAUCUACAUUUUCGUCUCCUACUUGUUUUUAUUUAACUUCUGGUGCACUGAUUUCCUUGAUUGUUCAUAUACUCGUAUUUCUCUGGUGUGAGACAGCUUUCUUUUAUGUGGUUUUAUGUCGAUGAACUAUAUUUCUACAGCUAUUCUCAUCCCUUUUUCCUCCUUCAAUCCAGGAAGGACAAAUUUCAAACAGAAUCAUGGAUGAACUUGCCAUUGUUACGUGGCAAAGACACAUUUCUGUUAGAUGAAUGAAUUAUUUCAUAUGUUGACUGAAACUUGAAAUAAUCCGUCCCCUGGAGAAACAGAAUCCCCCUCAAGCUUGAUGCCUCAAACUGAUAUCCACCGGUAAUUUAAACGUUUUUCUGUUGGUAACCAUAUUAUGCAACUACUGAGUGUGUGUGUGGGGUGGGGGGGAUGAAAGUGACUCCAUGUGCAAAAUCAGUUUGACAAUCAAGCUGUUGUACUUUCCUACUUUGCGUUUAACAACUACCACUGCUGAGGUUUGGAUGUUUGAAAUGCCUUUAAGAGCCUUGGAGUUGUAAAAAUAUACUGUAAUUAAUGUCACUGAUGGCAUUUAAAGCAAUUUAACAACAAAUGUAUUGUUUGUAGUUUUUGAAAAUGAUACCAAAUAAAGUUAAAUGAUCAGAAAUGAGGAAGCGAA